AUUAGGCCUAUUAUUGCACUGACACAUUGCGCUCUAUUUAUGACGUCAUCACAGUGGAAGUUCAAUAUGGCGUCGUUGGUGUUUUGGCAAGGAGAUUGAGAAUUGUUUGGAGAAAAUGACAAAAGAAGAAGAAAGCGAAUGCAGUGACAGUGAACCCGGCCUCCACCUGGCCCUAAAGAAACUCAAGGUGGACCCAAACUGGGAUGAGUCCAAAGUGUUGGAGAGCACGGUGUCCUACAAGCUGCAAGAUCUAUGGGCAGGGGAGACAGAGAGCAGAGCAGAUCAUGAAGUGUCCCCCAAGCGUAUGAAGCAUCAGAGGUUGAGUCCAGAGAAGCCUCGAGUUGACCCCUACCCUGUAGACUGUGUCACCUCACUCCAGAAACUUUGCCUCAGCAAGGAAAAAUGUACCAAGAAGUUUUGCACUUGUGUGAUCAAUAAAACCAGUCCAUCAACUUCUGGCUCACCAAGACACAAGCAAAAUCUGGCCCAUGUCGCUGUUCAGCAGAGGAAGCUGAUUCGUGAGGCACGUUUUAAGCUGCACAAUGCACAGAAAGAUAAGCGUCAAGUUAUCCGUGCUGCCCGGCUCCAGCUAAGCCAGAAGACUGUUGUCACAGCACCAUCACGUGAAAACAGCCCUAAGAAAAUUCUUCCCAAAUGCAUUAGAGUUUCUUGUGCUUCAUCAAAGGUGUUCGGAUCAAAUGCAUCUCAAUGUCUUGAAAACUUUUCUAGUCUUUCAUCUAACCCUGCAAAUACACCUGAGGAUGCCACCAGUUCCCAUUUUGAGUUCAACGGAUAUCGAGAGCUGCAGAUGCCUUCAACAUCUGGCCUGGUACUCCCGCCUGCUACCAAGUGUUGUGUAGAUUCUGUUGCCAGUGCUGUGUCAGACACCAGGAACUCCCUGCCGGAUCCCGAGCGGGACACAGUGACCAGGGACACCAUGGGUGAAGUACCCACUGCCAAGAGUUGCUCCCAGGAAGCACGCCUCGAUGAUUUGAGUGUCAACGAACUUGCCGGAUACUUCGAAGAUUUUGUACACAUCCCAAAGAAAAUGUCUACCAUGGCUGAAAUGAUGUACACGUGACUUGUUCACACUCAUUGUUAAAAUUACUUUAUGAAGUCAGUGUGGAUUCUACAUAUUCUCUUUCAAUUAACACUAACAAAGGAAGUAUUUGAAAUCCUAUUGUAUGGGUAAAGUCAUAAAACUCUCUACACUAGCUUAAGAAGAAGUAAAUUGCAAUAAUGACAUUAAUGUGCUCUUUGAAAGAAGUUAACUUGAUGCAGUUCAAAGUCAUAUGCAACACAAUGUGUUUUGGUUGUAUGUUUAGAAUUAUGUAAAAUUACUUUUGAAGUUUACAGAUGUCAUCUCUUUGAUUUCAUAAUAAGUGAAUAAUGUGAAUAUAUGAAAAUCUAUUUCAAUUUUCCCUCUCAGGAACAAUUUGUACUAAUUUAGUUUCAAUUAUGUUAAAAAGUUUAGGUGUCACGAUCUUGUUGACAAGUGUGUUGUUGUAGCAUAGGACUGUUCCAUUAUGCACAUGUAUAUUCAAGGGACAUUGUUACGCUGUGGUUCUGUUUCAGUUUGCAGUAUUUAUUAAUAUUUAUCCCCUGUUCCAGCAAUCUUGCAACUGUGCAUUACUAUAGAAUGUAUUACCAGUAGUGUGCCCUACUGUACAUGGAGACUCCUGUGACCAGUUCUCAGGUUCUCCAGCUGCUAGGGAAUCAUGCUUAAGAGUGAGUGACUCACACCUUCUGUCACACACUGGUGUGGCCACACUGAUGUGACCAGACUUCCCUGCUGGGAGUGCUGCCUCACACAUCCCACAGGUCAUGAUAUUUUGGGUACAACUCUGCUUUUGAAGCAAUAGCUUUGCUAACUGUACAUGUUGCUAUGUUAUGCACCAGUUUUUUCGAAUUUGGAAUAUUUAUAAAUAGAAAAUCGUCAUUACAUCAGAUAUUGAAGUGUCUUCACUUACACAUGUUGCCCAUACAGUGAUACAUUCAGCAGUUCAACAGGCAGUGGCUCAGUUUGCAAGCUGAUCUGUAGAAUAUCAAGUGUAAGUAAGGUCUCCUACUGAUCAGCUGAUCUGUUGCAUGUUCUUGUCCGCAUAGUCAUACACUAUGUCAGAUACUUUCAGCAUCAGGUAUCAUCCUGACGACUCAACCUGCUUCAUCCUUCCUCAUGGUAAUGUUAGUGCUGCAGCCUGUGUGUCAGAGCCAGCUGUAUUACUAGCUCAGUGUCCCAUCACCCACCUGGGCUCACUUCCAGCACUGGUCGCCCAGCAACACCUGUAACUAAAGUUCUCAUAGCUGUAGUUACAUUGAUAAUUAGAAUAAAACUUGUUUUAUUUCAAAUUUGUCUCAUUUGGUAUGCUGGUUCAGUUAAUGUAAAUACUUUUCAGUUUUGUAACUUCAAUUUAAUUAUCAAUAUAUUUAUAAUUGUAAAUAGUUAAAUAUUCUGUUAUCAUUUGUUUCUUUUUCUGUGAAUUAAACGGUUUAUAUGAA